AUGUAUAGAAUUGGGGUAGAUGUCGGUGGGACUAAUACUGACUGUGCCAUCCUCAAUCUAAAUCAAUUGGACACUCCCUCACGAGGAGUCCUAGUAUCGAGCAAGACGCCCACCACAGUCGAUAUCACAAGUGGAAUAAUCCACGUUGUCGAAGAUGCCCUUCAAAAGUCGCAAAUUGAAAAAGACAAAGUAUUAAGCGUCACGAUUGGAACAACUCAUUUCGUCAAUGCCGUCGUCGAAGCGGAUGAGAGGCGAUUGAGUAAAGUCGCCGUUGUCAGAUUAUGUGGACCGUCCACGAGAGAUGUCCCACCAUUCAUAGAUUAUCCACUUGGGUUGAGGAAGAUUAUGAAGGGACCUACUUAUUAUCUCGAUGGAGGAUUGGAGAUUGACGGGAGAGAAAUUCUUCCCUUGAACUUGGAGCAAAUCGAGGAGGCUGCAUUGGAUAUUCAGAGCAAAGGAAUCACGAAAGUUGCUCUCGUCGGAGUAUUCUCGCCCCUCGACCAUUCUGGCACGCAUGAAGAGAGAUGCAAAGAUCUCAUGAUGAGGCAUGCCCCUGGACUUGACAUUGUCUGCUCCCAUACAAUUGGUGGAGUUGGUUUGUUGGAAAGAGAAAACGCCACGAUCUUGAACGCUUCAAUUCUGGCAGUCGCCCAGAAGACAGUAAAUGGAUUCAAGAAAGCCAUGAAAGGAUUGCGAUUAUCAUGUCCACUGUAUUUGGCACAGAAUGAUGGCACUCUGACAGAGGCAGAUGACGCUGCUCGAUUACCGAUCAAGACAUUUGCCAGUGGACCGACAAACAGCAUGACCGGAGCAGCUUUCUUGGCAGGACUGGACAAAAGCCGUGAUGACACAGCAUCUCAAGUGUUGGUUGUCGAUAUUGGAGGGACAACGACAGAUAUAUGCGCCCUUCUCCCUUCUGGAUUUCCCAGGCAGGCUCCCAAUUUCGUGGAAGUAGGGGGUGUAAGGACAGCAUUUUCAAUGCCUGAUGUACUCUCAGUUGGCCUUGGUGGAGGAAGUAGAGUUGGUGUGGAUGUAGAUGGGAAAGUAACAGUUGGGCCAGAUUCAGUUGGUCAUUACCUCACAACUCGUGCAUUAGUCUUCGGCGGAAAGACCAUGACCACGACGGAUAUUGUUGUUGCCUCUGGCAAAGAGCAGAUAGGUGAUACCGAACUUGUUCGAUCCAUACCAGCAGAUGUGAUCGAAAGUGUUCGGAAAGAGAUCAGAGGAAUACUUCAAAGAGCGAUUGAAGAUAUGAAAGUAUCCUCCGCUCCCGUGACAGUGCUUCUUGUUGGAGGGGGUUCCAUUGUGUACAUGGAAGAGUUGGAAGGCGUCACGAAGUGUAUCAUUCCACCGCAUCACGAUUCUGCGAAUACAGUUGGAGCAGCCAUUUCCAAAGUUGCCGGAGAAGUAGACGUCAUCGAGAUUCUCGAUGGAAGAGAUGAGUCUGCUGUACUGAGAUCUGCUGAAGCAUCCGCCAUCCAAGCCGCGGUCGCGAAAGGAGCAGACCCUGCCGACGUUCGAAUCGUGGAGAUCGAGAAAAUUCCUUUGCAGUACGUAUCAAACAAAGCGACUCGGAUCAAGGUCAAGGCGAUCGGGAAAUUGAAGACUCUAGAGACGGUCUCCAGAUUUUCUCGUGAUGAAUUGUCAGACGAUGAAUAUACAUUGGACACUGAAACAGAAAAAGAGAAGACGUCGGCAGACCCCAACAGUCAUAGAACCAGAACCAAACCCUCUCUUGAGAUCGACAUUGGAAACUAUCGCCCAGAGGUCCGAGACAACGUCUGGUAUCUCUCGGAAGUUGACUUGGAAUUUAUUGCGUGUGGGACAGGGAUCCUAGGCACCGGUGGAGGAGGGCCAUCAUAUCUUGCCUAUCUCGUGGCACUUGACGCAUUGCGUGCUGGCGGAAAGAAAAUGCGGGUGAUUUCUCCCGAUCAUCUCAAAGAUGAUGACUUGAUAGUCUUCGGAUCAUGGUACGGGGCUCCGAGCGUGGCCGGAGAAAGACUGUCUGCGGGGACAGAAAUCCCAGCGGCCAUUGAUGCCUUGAACAAGAUCAUGGGCAUCGAGAGCUUUCAGGCUUUGCUUGCAGACGAAAUUGGCGGAGGCAACGGGCUUGCCACGUUCCCAACUAGUGUCCAUUAUGAUCGCCCAACAAUUGAUGGGGAUAUGAUGGGUAGAGCUUACCCAUCCAUGGAGCAUGGCACACCAUAUGUAUAUGGACAUCCUAUUGCGCCAUGUGCUAUGGCUGAUGCGAAAGGAAAUGUCUCCAUCGUAAUGAGUGCGGAAUCAAACGCUCGCCUGGAGAAAAUGUUGAGAGCAACUUGCAUCGAGUUAGGAUUGAAGACAUCAAUCGUAGCUCGUCCGCUUCCGGGGUCAGUAAUCAAAAACUUUGUCGUUCCCCACACGGUUUCUCAAUCUUGGUAUCUGGGUAGAGCUGUUCAUCUUGCUCGGAGGACGAAAACGAGCUAUGUGAAAGCCAUUUUUGAUGUCAUGCCUGGAAGACAAUUGUUCUCUGGAAAAGUGAUUGAUGUCACACGCGGCGUUAGCAAAGGAGGUUAUACCGUGGGAAGAUGUCUUUUCGCCCCUCUGGCCGAUGAUGAGGUCGAAAAUGAAGACAGUGCUACUGAGAAGCAGCACCUAGUCAUACCAUUCCAGAACGAAUUCUUAUAUGCGGCGUACACUGGUGAGAAAGGACUGAACGAAUCGGAAGUUGUUUGCACUGUUCCAGACCUCAUUUCAAUUUUAGAAGAAGACGGCGAAGCUAUCGGGUCGCAAGAACUAAGAUACGGGCUAAAAGUUGUUGUGAUAGGUAUGCCGGCGCAUCCACUUUGGACAGGAGACGAACGCGGCUUGAAAACUGGUGGGCCAGAAUAUUUUGGUUUGGACAUGCCGUGGGAGAAUAUAAAAAACCAAGAAGCGUAA